CAACGUUAUCGGGCAACCUCAACUGCAUGCGCCAGCUGUUUCGAACUCGACAGAACCUCGCGCCAACACAGCACUCGCCAUCACUGAGUCCUACCGCCUCGCCGCCAUGUCGCGCCGCCCGCCGAACCCCGCUGCGGAGCGGGCAGCGCAGAACCAACAGACCAUCAAGAACCUGCUCAAGCUAGAGGCCAACAAGGUGUGCGCCGACUGCAAGCGCAACAAGCACCCGCGAUGGGCUAGCUGGAAUCUCGGCGUCUUCAUCUGCAUCCGCUGCUCGGGCAUCCACCGCGGAAUGGGCACACACAUCAGCCGAGUUAAAUCCGUCGACCUAGACGCCUGGACCGAUGAGCAACUGCAGAGCAUCCUGAACUGGGGUAAUGCGCGCGCAAACAAGUACUGGGAGUCGAAAUUAGCACCUGGCCAUAUCCCAUCCGAGGCCAAGAUUGAGAACUUUAUCCGCACCAAGUAUGAGCUAAAGAGAUGGGUAAUGGAUGGGCCCAUGCCAGAUCCGGCGACGCUCGAUGCGGACGGCGAUGACGACGUGCCGCUAAGCGUUGUCAAGGAGAAGCAGAACGUGGACCGGAGGGAAUCCAUGCGCAAGGCGUCCAUCGGACAGUCUGCAACCCCGCAGCCCGAUCUUAUCGGAGCUGAUCCGGUCCCGGCCGCGGCCCCGAGUCCUGUACCGGUCCCGCCAAGAGCGAGCACGGCCGGCCCAGCCGCGAUGCAGGUGCCUCCGAAAUCUGAUCCCGCCCCGCCGAAGGCGACCAGUACAAAAGACUCUCUUUUGGGGUUGGAUUUUCUGGGAACCCAACCGGCCGUGCCGCCGCGGCCGGCGAGCACAACGGGGACAGCAAGCGGUGGAACCCAGUCACGUCCUGAUCUCAAGCAGUCUAUUCUCUCACUUUAUGCAACAGCCCCGCGACCACAGCCUCAGCCAGUUGCCCCGCAGCCCUCGCACGCUCCGUCUGGGUCGUUGAGCGGGCUGCCCUCUCCUUCAGGCAUGCCGCAGACGCAGGGCUCAAUGGGCGGACUUAACGAUGCUUUCAGUAACUUAAGCUUCGCCAGUUCGCCGUCCCCGAAACCAGCGCAACCCGAUGCCUUCUCCAGCCUUGGGUCUUUCACAGCUUCCCGGCCGGCACCUCAAUCGAGCGGCUCCGCGUUCUCCGGUCUGAGUGGUGGCAGCUUCUUCGAUUCGAAGCCCGCAGCGUCCGCUCACCAGUCCAAGCAGUCCAUCGGGAGCCCAUCCGGCUGGGGAUCUAUGAGUUCGUCUGCGGUGCCGUCUAAACCCGCCCCGGCACCCGCCUCCUCUGCCUUGGGUGAUCUGUUUGAUCUUUCCGCAUCUUCCCCGCCCCCCGCCGCCGCCCCGCAGCCGGCGCUGGCCAAGGCCACGACAACCACCACUACAUCCGUGUUCAACCUCUCCGCUAACCAGACGAAGCCUUCUCCGGCGCCAUCUACAACGGCGAGCUCCAAUCCCCUCGGCUCUUUGGGCUCCCUCGGCGCCAGUAACUUGUCGAAUUCCGACGUGUGGGGUGGCAAUGCCUGGGCUGCCCCGGAAGCCCCCAAGGCCGCCCCAGAGCCGCCCAAGGCCGCUACAGCCAGCGCAGCGAACGAUCUUGGGUGGGCAUCGCUCGCCAGCAAGCCCAUCGUUCCUGGCCCAUCGGGAGGCUUUGCGCCCAAGGUAGCGGCAGACGAGGAGUUCGGGGGUUGGACGAGCAGCACAACGGCACCAAGUGCUGGGAACGGAUCCACGCCGGCAGCAGGGUUUGGAGGGAGUGAUGAUCUUUUUUCCAACGUCUGGCAGUGAGCUGCUUACGCUGUCGGCUAGAAUCGAAAGCUAAGUUAGACAGGCACGCAAUCAGGAUGAGGGCGAUUCAGUGAACAUAUGGCAGGUUGCAUAGCGGGAAGCGAGACA